AAAUAUUCUUCGUUUAUGUAUGCGUUCUCUCUCGUUCUUUCGCUCAACCACUCGCAUUUUCUUUGAAUAAUUACUCCUUCUGCAGAAUGAGCGUGAGCACAUCAGUUGUGAAGUCAAUGCUACAAUUGACGAACUAUUUUGGCUCCAAUUUCACACCGAAGACGGAGACAAUCAGCUCAUUAGCCGAGCUUUGGGAGAGGCACGGGAGUAUGAUCGCCAGUAUGAUGUCAUGCGACACUCGGGAGUUUGGCACAGCUGACAAAUUCUAUGAAGUUAUCUUCCGCAAAAUCGCCACAACGAGUCUCAGCUUCAUGACCGAUUCAUUGGAACCGAAGCUUGCAGCGAGCGGAGAUUCACUGGAGAUUUGCAAAUUCUACGCUCUGUUUCUCGAGUAUAUGAGAAAGGAUCACUCGGGAAUGCUCACUCGCGCAUUGGAGCAAGCGUCAUCAGAGAAUCGCGUCGACACAGCUGUGCUUCUUGAUAUGUUUUUGUUUUUCGACAACGUGUAUUCGGAAAGUACCGCUGACGACUGGUGGGCAUGUCUUCGGAGAGAUGACGAAGAUCAGGAAGCAUCCAGUGGCUUCAGGACUCCGAAAAGGAACAACUACAGCUUGACAUCAUUGCAAACACCAACAGCUACUGCCCGGCGACUACGCACAGCUUCCUCAACUGCUCGGCGAAGCCCUAUAGCGGAGGCUGUCGAUUCCCCUACCAUGAAGUUCAUGCGAAGCGAGCGGGAGCUGAAGCAGUCUAAAGCGAGAAUCUUUGGUUUGGAGCAAAUGUUAGGAGACCUUGAAGAUGACAAGACCAAGUUAUCGGCUGAGAACAGAACUUUGAAGCUUUCGAAUUCCGAUCUGAAAAGCGACAUCGCUAAACUGAAAGGUAUCGCCGAGGAGGCACAAUUUCGUGCUGAAGAAUUGAGCUGUGAUCUCGAAGCCAAAAAGGAUGAAGUCCACAACAUUCUCCAACAACUCAAUGAAUCUCGAAUGACGUUGAGAUCCGAGCAAAGAAGUCUGGAGGAAGCUGACAUAAAGAAAGAGAAUCUUACUGCUAAGCUGAAAACGGUGACCGAAGACAAUGGGAAGCUCAUGAAGCAGGCCAGAGAGCUUCGAGAUCUCAACGACUAUGAAUUCGCUAGAUUCCGUCAGCAGGAACAGGAGCUUACUGAGACUCUUCGGGCGACGCAGGACCAAAUGGCUGACCUCCAGGAACAACUUACCGGAGUGGAAAAAAUAAGAGCGUCUCUGAAAUCUGAAAACGAGAGCCUUUCUGCCAGUGUUGAGGAGUUGAGUGUUGCUUCAUUGAGAAACAAACAAGAUGCUGACAACUCUAAAACUAUGCUUUCCGAGGAACUGGCGCGUUUUGAAGAGACUGUGGACAAACUCCGACAAGAAAAGCUUGAAGCGUUGAGCAUGGCCAACUCCAGAAUCGAUGCUCUUCGUUUGGAACACUCGGAAAGAGAGAAAAUGAUGAAAUCCACGAAUGCACGCCUUCAGGCUGACCUUGACGAAGAGAGGAACGAGAAAAAGCGCUUGAUGAAUCUCUGGAAUGAACUGAAUGAAAAGUCCCUGAAUGUCGACAAAGCUGUACAUAAAAGCAACGAAGAAUUUCAGUCAAUGGGUUCUUGUCUUCAAAAUGCGAAAAGACAAAUUGAGCAGUUGGAAGUUGCGUGCAAGAGUAAGGACGAUAUCAUCAAAUUUCAAGAGGAGCAGAACAAACGAGCUGCCAAUCUGAUAAAGAAUGAAAAGGCAAUACGCGAUCAGGCCUCAGCUCAAUUUGCCGAGAAGUUGGCAAUUCUCAAGAAUUCUCUAGCGGAAAAAGAGAACGAAACAGUCACCCUUAAAGAAAACUUCGCAAGUGUGGUAAUGAAGCAUAAAGCCGAAUUGGAGGAGAAAGAGCUGUUCCUUCAAUCUAGAGUGGAUCUGAUUCAACGUCUCGAGCACGAAGUUGCAGAUCUUCGAGAGAAGGAAAGCGCCGAGAUUAAGAAAUCCACCUGGAUGGGUGAGAGAAUCAAAAUCUUCCAACAAGCUCCAAUGAGAGGUUCGAGAAUCAGAUGCGGUUCGCCAGACAGCUUGCCAGACUUCCUCGCCGAUAAUGGACCAACAAUUACCGAAGAAGAAUUGCGAGCACAGCUUGCCACGUUCCCAAGAAAAUCGAUUGCUCCUAGUGUGGACGACAACGAAUUCGAUAAAGGAACACCGAUUGGAUUCAAGUCGAAUAUGUACGAUGGACGUGAGUCAAUUUGCUCUUUGGAUUUCUUCGACCGGUCUAGUCUUCAACGUUCGUCGAUGCGAUCGGAAUCUAUCCAAUUGGCAUCGCCAUCAUCAGCUGGAGAGUUCAAGCAACCAUUCACACCAUCCGGAGUAACCAAGGAAAGAGUUGGAGUGCUCACUGCCAGAAACGAGAAAGUGAAGCCACACCUAAAAUGCUCGUACGCCUCUGAAGUUGGAAGUACGAAUUCGCCAUCCGCAGACGAGGAGAAUAUCAAGAAGUCCAAGAAAAAGAACCGUCGGGAUUCGAUUUUUUCUGCUUUUUCGAGCAAAAAGCAGUAAAAUAUACUUUCAUACAUUGUAAUAUAACUUUUUCACAACACACUUUUGUUUUAUGUUUUGCUCCGUGUUGUAUCCUAUUUUAUCUAUUUUACAAUUCCUUUCCUAACGAUCGCUGAGAAAUGAAGAAGUUUCUUAUU